ACAUCAACCGCCAAUAACAGCCUUACUCUUUGUUCUCUCUGUAAGCUCAAAUCUUUCGCCAAUCAACAACGUUCUUGCUCAGUGGAUGAGGAGAAUUUUAAGCUAUUUUGGUGUAAAUUGCAUUCUUCUGGUUGCUUAGACUCUUCCAAACUCGGCGAUUGUUACGAGUUCUUUGUUUCUCAUACGAUUUCAUAUAAUGGGUGAUGUGAAGGACAAGGUUAAGGGCUUCAUGAAACGCUUCAAUAAUCCCUUGUCCUCAUCUUCUUCUACCAGUUUCAAGGGCCAGGGAAGAGUUUUAGGAUCGUCUUCUUCCGGGUCGACCACUUCUUUGCCUACCCGCCCAUUGCACAAUCCCAUUUCAAACCCGGAUCUGGUCAAGCCCCCGGUUGCGAAUUCAAUUUCCGCGCCUCCAACCCGGCCACAUCUCUCGAUUAAAUCGAGCCCAGAACGUUCCCCGGCUGAUGGAUUUGACCCAUUUGACUCGUUUAUAACAUCUGGGAAAAAAUCUGGAAAUGGGUAUUCGUUAAAUGUGUUCGAAUGUCCGAUUUGUGGCCAAAAUUACAGGUCGGAAGAAGAGGUUUCGGUGCACGUAGAUAGCUGUGUCGAUGAUAAUACAGCCAGGAGCCCAGCAGAUCUGCUACUCACAAAUGAUGCAGAAUCCCCGAGUGAAUUGGAGGGUUGUCUUGGCACUUUCUUGUCAGGUAAGCCAUCACAAGGUUCACUGAAAAUUAUUCUUACGCUUUUGAGGAACAUAAUACGGGAACCAGAGAAUUCAAAGUUUAGGAAGAUUCGUCUGAGUAAUCCCAAAAUUAAGGAGGCAAUUGGCGAGGCUGUCGGGGGAGUGGAAUUGUUGGAGUUUGUAGGUUUUAAAUUGCAAGAACAAGAUGGUGAAAUGUGGGCUACCAUGGAAGUUCCAACAGAGGAAGAAAUUAACAUACUAGGUAAGGUAAUAGAUUCCAUUGAUCAACCAAAGCUUGAUGAACAGGAAAAGAAAGGCAGCAGCACUGCAUCCACUGAUCAACUAAUUGAACCAAAGAAGGUAGACAGACAGACUCGGGUAUUCUUUGCAAUCCCUGAAAACGUUGCAGCAAACAUCGAGCUACCAGACUCAUUUUACAAACUCUCUGUUGAAGAGGUUAAAAGAGAAGCUGUGAUGAGGAAGCAAAAGAUUGCUGAAUCUCAGCUUUUGGUACCCAAAUCAUACAAGGAAAAGCAAGCCAAAGCUGCUCGGAGAAAGUACAAUAGAACAGUGAUCAGAAUUCAGUUUCCUGAUGGUGUGGUACUUCAAGGGGUUUUUUCUCCUUGGGAACUAACAAGUGCUCUAUAUGAGUUUGUGAGCACAGCACUGAAAGAACCGAGUUUGGAGUUCGAGUUGAUACAACCUGUCGGUGUUAAACGACGUACAAUCGCACAUUUUCCAGCAGUAGGAGAGAAAGCUAAAACACUAGAUGAUCUGGAGUUGGUUCCCUCAGCUCUUGUCAAGUUUAGACCCAUUGAAACAGAUGCUGUUGUGUUCACUGGUUUGUGUAAUGAACUCCUUGAGAUCAUUGAACCACUCGUUAGCGGUUCAGCGGUAGCUCCUCCUGCACAAGGUUAAGUCUACUUAAAACAAUGCCUGAAUGUACAUGUUGAUCGUGGGCUGCUGUGGUUGCUGUUUCACCAAGUGCCCAUAUACUCCCUUGUUGCUUUUCUUUGAAAUCUUUUUUUCUUCUUAAAGCAAUCGCAUUCUUUCAGGUUUUAAGUGGACAAAGCAUGAAUAUUAUGUUGAUGCCAUAAAAACUUUCACAAAUGUGAAUGUGUUCUUAAUACACAAGUAGUAACAAGCUUCUCUGAAGGCCACUUGA